AUGACACAUCAUAGUCAAAAAGUGUUUUCGUUUGUACCUUUGCCUGGAUUGAAUCAAAAAAAGAGGCCUAGAAGAAAGUUUCAUGAAGUCGAAAGAUUGUAUCAAUGUAAUUUUCAAGACUGUACAAAAGCAUAUGGUACUCUUAACCAUUUGAACGCUCAUGUAUCGAUGCAAAGACAUGGCCCUAAAAGACAACCUUCAGAAUUCAAAGAGUUGCGCAAGAUGUGGAGAAAGCAGAAAAGAGAUAACAAACAACGUUUCAAUUCACUCAAGACACCUCCCUUGACUGAUUCUACGCCCGUAGACUCUAAUGAUGAUAUUUUGAAUCAUUCAAACUCUGAUUAUAUGCUUCCUCCCCCUCCUUCUUCCGGCUCAUCUUUUAUGCAUCAACAACAAACUUACCCUACUAACACACAUUGGAUGCACCGUCCAAGUUACCCUCCUCCUUCUACUCAUUUUAUGCCUUCUGGAUACUAA